AUGCAAUUGCUUGCUCCAAGGAGAUCUCGUCACAAGGCGAUAAGUGACGUAGAAGCAGCUGGUGACGAAGCAGCAGCUGAAGAAGCAGCUGGCGAAGAAGCAGCGACCGAUGAAGCAGCAGCUGGCGAAGAAGCAGCGACCGAUGAAGCAGCAGCUGAAGAAGCAGCUGGCGAAGAAGCAGCGGCCGAUGAAGCAGCAGCUGAAGAAGCAGCUGGCGAAGAAGCAGCGGCCGAUGAAGCAGCAGCUGAAGAAGCAGCUGGCGAAGAAGCAGCGGCCGAUGAAGCAGCAGCUGAAGAAGCAGCUGGCAAAGAAGCAACGGCCGAUGAAGCAGCAGCUGAAGAAGCAGCAGGCGAAGAAGCAGCGGCCGAUGAAGCAGCAGGCGAAGAAGCAGCGGCCGAUGAAGCAGCAGCUGACGAAGCGGCAGCUGAAGAAGCAGCAGGCGAAGAAGCAGCAGCUGACGAAGCGGCAGCUGAAGAAGCAGCAGGCGAAGAAGCAGCAGCUGACGAAGCGGCAGCUGAAGAAGCAGCAGGCGAAGAAGCAGCAGCUGACGAAGCGGCAGCUGAAGAAGCAGCGACCGAUGAAGCAGCUGGCGAAGAAGCAGCGGCCGAUGAAGCAGCAGCUGACGAAGCGGCAGCUGAAGAAGCAGCAGGCGAAGAAGCAGCGGCCGAUGAAGCAGCAGGCGAAGAAGCAGCGGCCGAUGAAGCAGCAGCUGACGAAGCGGCAGCUGAUGAAGCAGCUACCGAUGAAGCAGCUACCGAUGAAGCAGCAGCUGAAGAAGCGACCGAAGAAGCAGCUGAUGACGAAGCGACAGCCGAAGAAGAGGCGGAUGACGAAGCAGCAGCUGAAGAAGAGGCAGCGGAUGACGAAGCAGCAGCUGAAGAAGAGGCAGCGGAUGACGAAGCAGCAGCUGAAGAAGAGGCAGCGGAUGACGAAGCAGCAGCUGAAGAAGAGGCAGCUGAUGAUGGAACAGAAGAAGACGCAGAUGACGAAGCAGACGAUGUACAAACAAGAGGCUUAGUUGUAGCCGGUCCACAAACCGAACUCGAUGGGUUUUGA